UUUUAAAAGCUCUGUCCACUUUUCACAGUAAAUGUGGGCAUUGUUUCCAAUUUUGAUAAACUCCAGUUGCUCUAUUUUUGUUGUGCUCUAUCAUUUUCUCGUGCGGAUGAUUGUCCGAUGACCGUUGUUAGGCAGUGGGUAUGUGCUGCUGCAAUGUAUCCCGGAAAAGUAUGUCUGUGAAAUCGGCCUUCAGUAUCAAAGUUUUUACCUCCCAAAGCAUAAAUAAUGGCAACUUAAUGUAGCAGCCAGCCAUGCCAAAGUGUGAACUUUCCACAAAGAUAAUUCCUGCAACAUUUGCUUGGGCACUAACCAUCGUGUGCACUGGACUGUACUUUGUUUUCGUCUGUCGUUACCUGACAGAGGAGUACAGCUAUGCAUUCCCAAUUGUUCAAGGAAUUAUCACAUUGUACAUGAUGCUGAAUCUUUGCCUGACAACGUUCAUGGACCCUGGUAUAUUUCCAAGGGCUCCUGACGAUGAAGCGAAAGAUGACGAUUUUCGAUCUCCAUUGUACAAAAAUAUAGAAAUCAAGGGCGUGCAGACUCGAAUGAAAUGGUGCACAACCUGCCAGUUCUACAGGCCACCCCGCAGCUCCCAUUGUAGUUCAUGUGAUAAUUGUAUUGAUACUUUCGAUCACCACUGUCCCUGGCUGAACAAUUGCAUUGGUCGCAGGAACUAUCGCUACUUUUUCACUUUCUUGUUAACUCUUUGUGUACACAUUGUCACCAUAUUUGUUCAGUGCAUUAUCUAUGUGUUGGCGCACAAUGACGACCUUUUAAAGCCAGGUCCAGUUAUAUCAAUUCUCAUCAUGAUAAUCAUAGGCUUAGUGUUAAUUCCUGUAUAUGGACUGACAGGGUUCCAUAUCUUUUUAGUUGCUAAAGGCACCACAACAAAUGAACAGGUAACUGGCAAGUUUAAAGGGGGUCCAAAUCCAUUCACAAGAGGAUGCAUAAAGAACUGCUGCUAUGUCUUCUAUGGACCCAGAUGGCCAAAACUAGUAGGCUACAUUCCAAAGACCAGAACUGUGAAGUUGGAUUCAAGCAAAAUUACUUACAUGGCUGCAGAAAAUGAUGUGACAAUAAGUGUGAGCAACAAUUCCAAUGGCAUUCGCACUGUCAACAAAAACCACAAUUUGAGGCCGCGCAGUACCCACGAGCAUGACGAAUACCUGGACAAAAGUAGCCAGUCGUUUGACUGUGAGCCAUCACCCCCUGUGACGCGCAAGACAGGGGGCUCGUACACGAACCUCUUCGACUCGAGCGCCAACCAUCACCCGCCGCAGACGACUGCCGUUGGAGCAACCCUGAAUGCCACGUCUCUGCACAAUAAUGCUAAGCGACCAGGUUCUCCCCCAAGCCUCAGGCCAGCCCAGUCCCGCAACACUUACGAGAGAGCAUCUGGAAAGUCUGGUGCCUACAAUGUACAGAAUGGUGGGAGCCUCGGCCACUUCAAAGCGCCCAUCGUUGUCGGAGAAGACGACAGUAUUCAGUACAAUGACCGGUCAGCCAUCAACAGCCCGAGUAUGAAAAGGAGUGUUUCUUCCAAUGAGAGGGGCAUCCAGAGUCCCAGCAUGGAUCGGAGCUUACCACCUCGUGCCCCGUCGUCAAAACCUUCACCACGCGUCACUUCCCCCAACCAUCCCACGUCCCCAACCCCGGGAUCUCAUUGGGGGCGCCCCCCUCACUCACCUUCCCCGGCUCGUGGAACUGGUUCGGGUGAGAAUGCCACUGGAGCUGGCAUUCGUUCGGCUUCUCCUAUUAAAGACAGGGCCAGGAAUUUCUAUCCAAGUCGGUCUAGAGAAAACCUGGCCCGCUCUCGUGAACAGUUGAAUCAGUCUCGAGAGUCUCUGUCGAGCUCGAAAGCUGGGACUGAUAGUUACUCUGGCACUUUUGGAAGCAAAGCAGCUGGUCCCAGGGAUCAGUUUAGUCGUUCCAGUGAUAGAAUCAACCAUACGCAAGACCCCUUAGAGCGGUCGAGGGCCGAUGGGAUGUCUCCUGCAGACAGGUCAGGCCACUUUGCCCGGGGCGGGCAGGGCAAGUCGAGGGAUUAUGUGGAUUACUCAGGGACAGGAGACAGUUUUUCUGGUGGCGUCAGAGACUCUCAGGGACGCCAUGACAUUUACCGCAGAGAUGAGGCCUCCUCGUAUGGCCACCAGCACUCUCACAACGGGAGGGAUGCUUACAAAGAACUGCCUCGUCAGAGUUCUGAAACGCACGGCAGUAAACACCAGCAGCCAAGGGAGAGGGACCGUUCCAAAAGCUUUGAUUUUGACUCUCCCCGGGAAAGAUCCAGGUCCAGGGAUCGUGCUGCCAUGAUUCGAGAACGCAGCCUGCCUCGGAAUCUGUCCGAGCCGGCCAAGGCGGGCUAUGGAGAUGGGGAGAGUGUGAAAUCUUUGUCCUAUGUACCUUCUAACCAAUCUGCACAGACUCUCUCAGGGUACCCUGUGCUGCCCAACACUCACCUGAGCGGGGGCAGUAUAGGCCGGCCAGGCGCUACAUCAUCACUUCCUGCAGGCAGCAGCAGCAGCUCUCCACGCUCCCCGUUGUCAUCUCGCUCGGCGGCCACCUACCCCCAUCACCACCACCACACCCACCAGUCAGCCCUUAUGCCUGCGGCCCCUCCCCCCAGCAGCAAUAUGAAUACAGCGGGCGGGAGCGGGCCCUCCCCCUCCUCCGCCUCCUCCCAUUUUGCUCAGCAUUCACCCCACCCAUCCAGCUCCUCGUCACGGCAUCCCAGUCAAUCUUCCGUGUCCACCCACCCGGACUCUAUCCGGCCCAUGUCCUUUGUGCGGGCCAUGCAGGUCACCGACGCUGUUGAGAUCCGAGACAAGCGGAUCAACGAGAGGCUGCGGCGGCAGAGCCAAUCCUCCCGCAACGAGAGUGCCAAGAGCGUCUACGACACCUAUGAAGCAUCUGUGUGAUAGACGAAACGGGCAGAAAUAGUGUUGUGGAUUUUUCUGAUGGAUUGACUGAUAUUUAAUUGAUUUGUUUUCUUCGUUGGUUAUUGUGAGCAAUGUAAAGUGGACUGUUGCUCGGUUGAUCUGUAUGCCAAUAUGAGGUACAUGUGUUUUUUGGUUUUCUUUUAAAAUCUCUGCUCAUCUGCGUGUUGUUAAAAUGAAGUUUGUAUGUGUUCCACUCUCUUGAAUGCAUUUGUCAUUUGACACGCUAGUAAGUGCUCAUGGUUGAACUGUUAAGUCACUGGGAGCAGGGGGUAUAGUAUUUAUUAGCGAUUUGAUCCGAAAAUCGGGCUGCACUGGGGUGCGGAUUUUGGGUCCCAUUCUGAAUCAGAGGCAUCUGGUUUCUUAGUUUAGUUAUAGGAAUACCUGUGGACGAAAAUGAAUGAAACUUGGCAACCUAUCAGAAGAAAGGCAUAACUUAUGAUGUCCAUGUGUGUACAAUGUGGACAGAUUUCUAGAACCUGAGAAAUUGCUGUGUUUGUGCAAUUUUCUUCUGUUUUUAAAAAACUAAGAGGUGUUGCCGUGUCGUCAUUAAGCAGACAAGCACUCCUCGUGUCUUCUUUUUUGCAGUAAAAUUUUCUGAUCCCUGUGUGUAGUACAUUUUAGGUCUCACCAACUUAAAAUUGCCACCCAUCUAGCGAUAGAAGAUGAGCCAGAAACUGAAUGUGCUAACUUUGGAGCAUGCAAAAGUUGAGUGAUCUUGAGGUAGCAUGCAAUUGGCUGCCUGAAAAUAAAUAGGUCACAAGAGUUUGUUGUUGGGUUUUUGUUAUAUUCGCUUUUAAGUUGUUAUAGGGGGUGAUCGCAGAACAACACUGAUUCUUAUAAGCCCAAAGUUAUCAUUUCAGUAACAAGUGAAGUAAAUUCAAUUAAUUGCUGCCCAGUAUAUAUUGCAACAUUUGUCUAAAAGUAGUUUUUAAGCAAAGAUUGGUUGAAAACUUAUGAAAUCAGGUAACGAUUCUGCACUGAAAAUAUCACACAGAUGCCAAGUUUCAUUUACAUGUAUUCAUAUUCAUAAUUGAUUUGUGAACAGUUUUCCCUUAAAAUACAUCAAGAAGCAUCCCACUUUUUGGCAAUAUUUUAUUACAUGAUAAAGAUACGUAAAAAUUUUGCAACAAAAUGAAAAGUUUACUGCUCUUUCAUUUAAACUUGUUUUAACCCUUCAUUGCUGAGAUGUUUCCAUUUAUGUUUGUUCAGAAAAGACAAAAUGUUCUUUCAAGAGAGGUUUAAAUAAAGCUUUAAAUAAAUCUUUCCCAAUAUCAAAGAAUAAACAACUGCACAAGCUGUGAUUACUUGUCUUGAAACAUCCUUAAUAAACGGUAAAACCAGUUUUUAAAAAUGGCAGACAAUCAGGUUUGGGAAACACAUACACACCACUGAAAAGGUUACAGCAAUUUGAAUAAACUGUAGUUUUUCGUUGUCAUUUCUAUUUAUAUUAUUUAUUGCAUAUAGAAGUGUUUUGUUUUUGGGAGGAGGUUCCCCCCAAAAGUAUUUUCAGGUAAAUGAUGCGUUAAGUUUUGUGAGAUGCCUUGAGUUUCAAAUGAAUGAUGCCCAUUUUGUUUUGAAUUUGUGUUUUUAAGCUUUGUUUUUCAAAAUUGAAGCUUUUCCUGUUCAUUUUUAUUGUUUUCUUUCGCAUGUUUUCCUUUCUAAAGGUGUGAAAGUUGUUGGAUUUUUUUAAUUUGUAGAAAAGUCUUGAAUAUUUUUUAAGCUGUGUAUUUUUUUUAAAAUUUAAUAUUUAUGUCAAUGCUUCGUUCUUCCUCUUGAGUCUGAGAAACAGUAGUGAGCUUAAGUUAAAAGUGUUUAUAUGACUUUAUAUGAAUAAAAAGCAACUUGUCUGUACUGAGCUAAAAGCAAACAAUUGUACCAUUUGCCAUGACAGUUCAUCUUUACAUUGCCUGUAUGAAGCACUGAGGACCUUUGUUACUUUCUAGUUUUAUAUCUGCCAGUCAUUGAAAUGGUGAUUCUUUCUGUUAUGUUUGUUAUUGUUGCCUUUGGGGGGAGGAGGGUGAGACAAGGCUUUGAUUUUAGUGGGCGCAGCUUCAAAUGAAUAUAUCUUUGAGACAUUUUUUAGAAUGCAGCAACGUAUGAAGCCUUUGACUCAUUGGGCACAUCUUUCAUUUAUAGCCAUUUUUUAGUGCUGAGAAUAAAUCAAGAUGUGUAUGAUCUUGACAAAUCUGGCAGAGGCAGUGAUACAGUACCUGACAAGAAGCUUGGCUUUUGUUUGUUAAAGAGAAGACAGUUAUUAAGACUUGGGAAUUAUGUUUGGCAUUCAGGUUCAAUUUUGCAACAUAUUUAAUAUUUAUCACUUGGAAGACUACAUGACCUUGUCUGUAUUUUUGAAUGCUCAUGAUGAAAACCUGGUUUUGAUACUUUUAAGAAUGGUGUGUAAUCUGGUGGUGACAUCUAAUGAUUUUGUAUGGGAAAUAUUUUGUGUGUAAAAAUGAGUGUUCUUUUAAUUUAGUUACUUCUGGCAUUCCAGACAUUUUUUCCCCUCUCUUUGAUUUCUUACAGUUGUAGAUUUGUCCACAGAAAUAUUUGAAUUAUUUGACAGUUCCCCCCAAUACUGGUUUAUUGAAACAAUGUAGUCUUUUUUGCAAUAAGAUUCUGGGUGUCAACUUCCAGUUCGACUAGGUUACCUGUUUGAUGUGCUAAUGGCUUUUUUUAUAUGUAGUGUAAGCAGUUUUAUUAAGAUGAAUUUUAAAUGCGAUAUGUGCCUUUAGUUUUGUCCCAUAAAUUCGAGUUAGCUCCAUUAGACACUGCCAUUUGAAGGUAAAUUUUAGUAUGCAUAUAAAUGCCCUUAGGUCAGCAAGAUAUUUGAGGGUUUCUUGCAAUGUUUUUGGAAUUUAGUAUUGAUUCUAAAUCCACCACAAUGUUUUAUUUUUUUUUUAUUGGGUAGCCUAUAGCUUCAAGCCAUGAGACAGAAGUGGUACAUAAAAGCUAAAUGUUCAUUUUGGUUUAGUAUUAUAAUAACUAUAAUUUGAAGUGCAGAAUUAUUUUUUUGAAAGGGAUGAGAACAAGUACAUGUACAUGUGAUAAAAAAUUGGAGUGCUUUAUCUCAAGCUGUGCUUUGAUAACAUGAUUGAAAAAACAUCUUUAAGGGUAUAUAUGACUGGUUGGUUGUGUUAAACUGAAUUGCAGAGUUAUACAGGAAACCAGGGAAAUAACUGCCACACUUUUUUUUUACCAGGUUUGACCUAUGCUUUGAGUAGUUUGUUACAGAUUGGUGCUCAAGGAAAAUCAAUUUAUGUAAAAGAUUUCUAGAGUAAUUGGAGGUUUGGUGUAACACUUUGAUGAUUAGUCUUCAGUUAUUCUUUAUUCUUUUUCUUUUGGAUUAAAAUGACUGCAAGAAUUUGCAGAUUGCACACAUCGGUGUCUGUAUUAGUUUCACACAAGGGCUAUUGCUGUCAGAAAUGUUCGCCUGUGUUGGUUUGUGUGAGUGGGGUUUUUUUUCACUUCCUUCCUCUUAUCCCAACUGAUAUUUCUCUGAGCCAAGAACAAUGUUGUUGAAAUCUGAUGUGUAUCUAAAACUGAAAAUGUUGACAGUGGGUUGAUGAAUCUUUUUCUUGCACCUUGUUAUUAAAUGUGUUUUACAUCAUCUGAA